CACGGCGCCUCGCUGCUGGUUUCUGCCCUUUCUGGGUCACUGCUGGGGAGAUGAGGAGCGCGAGCAGCGCGAUAAAACCGCGCUCCUGCCGGAGAGCCUCGGGCGAACGUGCCGGGAGCGCCCACCCACCGGCUGCUCCCACCCUGCCCGCCUGCGUCGCUGGGUGAAAUCACCGCCUCGCCUGCGCGGAGCCGCGGACGGGCACGUGUCGGCGGGCGGGCAGGGGCCGGGAGCCGCCGCCCGGAGCCGCCGACGAGAGCGGAGCGAGAGGAACUUUACCCGAACUCGGGCUCGCAGGGCCGCGGCGGCGGCGCCCCGGGGGCGGCCAACCCGUUCGGCGGAGCGCGGCCCGCCGCUGUCCGCGGUGCCGGCGCCGCCCGGGCUCCCGGCGCCGUCUCCGGUCCCGGCUCCUUUAGGAUGAUGCAAUCGGCGUCGCCCUCUGCGCUCCCGUCCCCGCGCCGCUGAGCGGAGCGGAUCCGAGCGGAGCGGCGGGGCGGAGCGCGGCGGGCGGACGUGGGAGAGCCGCGUUCCGCGCUGCCCGGGCGGCCGCGGGAGUCGCCGGAGCGUCUCAGCCCUUAGCGCGGGCUGCGGGGUUUCUGCAAGUCAUCUGAGGCAGCGUCCCCCGCAGCGCGUUCCCCGCUCUCCCUUGGCCCCGCUCUCAAGGAACCCGAUCGGAUUUAUUUGGGAUUUUUGUGCUUUUUUUCCCCCUUCUCCCCCUUCGUGCUGUGUGUGUUGUUUUCUCAUCACCUGCCACGGUUAACUUUUUUCGUGACUCGGUUUAACUCUCGAGAUCUACGUGAAUGUUGUUAAGAGCACUUUUCUUGCCUUUGCUGUCCCUUGCUGGGAUCGGAUCCGAUACUAUCUGGACUCUAUGUGCCUGUAUGUGUGUUCUGAGUGUCUUGAAAUCUUGCUUUCCUUUACAAGAGCUAUGCAUUAUUUGUAACCAAGGUAAGAGCUGAUGUUCUCACUGUCUCAUCUGCAUGUUUAAAUUAGAUGUUUGUUUGAAGAUAAACUGUGCGUAUUCUUUAAACUGCAGGAUCACUCCAAGUCCUUCCAUUGAUUAGUAUUUCUGAAAGAGAAGGGGGAGAACUUGGAAAAAUUAGAUAUAUUUAGCAGGAAGGCUACCAGCUUCCUAGAAUGAGUUGUUUUUCUCUAUUGCAAUUGCCGGCAUGUUUAAGAGGUUAAUUUGAAUCUUAUUUUGUUUUCCCUUUUAGAAGACCAGUGAAUUACCAUAGGCUGGGCUUGACCUUGAUUUUGAUGGCUUUGCUGGAAGAUCUGAUGAUGUGAUUGUGUUUCAUGAAGGGAUUUCUCUCCAGCCCCAAUGGCUUAGGAUAAGACACUUCUACCACACCAUUACUUAUGGACAAUUCAAAUAUUUUUUUGGGCAUACCUUUUGGGUUUUUUUUCUCUUUCCUCACUUCCCCUUCCCCCUCAUUUUUCCUUAGUACUGGGAGCCUUAUUCUAGACUUUGAUGUGACUGACCAUCCUCCUGCUGCGUGCUGCUGUUUUCUUUCUUAAAGUACAAUGGCACUAAGUGGCAACUGCAGGACUUACCUCCCUGCCCGGGAGCAGGGCUCUGGGCUGCAAUCCUUCCCAGAGGUUGUGGAGCUAAAUGUGGGUGGCCAGGUUUACUUCACUCGCCACUCCACCUUGGUUGGCACCCCUCACUCCUUGCUGUGGAAAAUGUUCACCCCAAAAAGAGACACAGCCAACGAUCUGGCCAAGGACUCCAAGGGAAGAUUCUUCAUCGACAGAGAUGGUUUCCUUUUUCGCUAUAUUCUGGACUAUCUCAGGGACAAGCAAGUGGUUCUGCCUGACCACUUCCCUGAAAAGGGAAGGCUCAAGAGGGAGGCCGAGUACUUCCAGCUCCCAGACUUGGUCAAACUCCUGACUCCUGAUGACAGCAAGCAAAGCCCCGAUGACUAUUGCCACAGUGACUACGAAGAGGUCUCCCAAGGCAGUGACACGAGAAUAUGCCCCCCUCCAUCUCUCUUGCCAUCAGAUCGGAAGUGGGGAUUCAUUACCAUUGGGUACCGCGGGUCAUGCACUAUUGGCAGGGAGAGCCAAGCAGAUGCCAAGUUCAGGAGGGUCCCAAGGAUUUUGGUUUGUGGAAGGAUCGCUUUGGUCAAAGAGGUCUUUGGAGAAAGUUUGAAUGAAAGCAGAGAUCCAGACAGAGCUCCAGAAAGGUACACCUCCAGGUUUUAUCUCAAGUUCAAGCAUCUGGAGAGGGCUUUUGACAUGUUAUCUGAGUGUGGAUUCCACAUGGUGGCCUGCAACUCCUCUGUGACGGCGUCCUUUGUCAAUCAGUACACUGAUGACAAGGUCUGGUCCAGCUACACUGAAUAUGUCUUCUACCGUGAGCCGUCCCGCUGGGCCUCGUCUCACUGCGACUGCUGCUGCAAGAAUGGCAAAGGCGAGAAGGAGGGUGAGAGCGGCACGUCCUGCAACGAGCUGUCGACGUCCAGCUGUGACAGCCAGUCGGAGGGCAGCUCCCCACAGGAAACCGUCAUCUGCGGCCCCGUCACGCGACAGCCCAACAUCCAGACACUGGACCGCCCGGCCAAGAAGGGCCCCGUGCUGCUGCUGCAGCACUCCGAGAGCCGGCGCAAGAGCGACCUGCUGCGGACGCUCACCUCGGGCUCCCGCGAGUCCACCGCCGGCAAGAAGAAGGCAGUGAAGGAGAAGCUCUCCAUCGAGGAGGAGCUGGAGAAGUGCAUCCAGGAUUUCCUCAAGAUCAAAAUCCCAGACAGGUUUCCAGAAAGAAAGCAUCCCUGGCAGUCGGAACUGCUGCGGAAGUACCACCUAUAGGUGGGAUGAUCCCCGUUGCUGUUACAGUGGGAUCCGCAGUGAUACGGAAAUAAUUCCCGAUAGUAAUUAUGUGUUAGGUCACAAAAAAACAAUCCAUCUCUAUAGAACUGCCUAAUUUGCCUAUCUCACCUUAAUCAUUUAUAGUCGUAGGGUAAUGAUAUUUUUCCAGUUGUGGAAGCACAAUGACAAAUGUUUUUCUUUGUCAACUCUGAGUCUUACACAAGCAGAGUACCUUAAGGGCACGCAGGGCCGGCAGUGCACGCUGCUUUGCUCUCUGGGGGUGUGCAGCUCCGUGCCUGGGGGCAGCAGGGCUUUUGGGAGCACUGUGCCAGGACAGCAUUGCCUUCAGCGCCUGGGUGUGGGUGUGCAUAGAUAUAUAUGUGUGUAUAUACAUCUCCGUGUGUAUAUAUGUGUAUAUAUAUCAGAAUACAUUGCUGGCAGAUUGGCUCCCUCCUGAUCACUGCAGUUUCUCAGGAAAGAGCACUGUCAGCUGCAGUGGAUGGUCGGCUCUUUGCAGUCUCUGAGGGCUGCAGCAGAACCCCCUGGCUCUGUCUCUUUCUCCCUUCCCCUUUCUGAGGCACCAUGAAUGCAUUUCCCCGCAGACAGGGACAGGGCUCUCUGUUGCUGUGUUCCAUGUGGUUCUGGUGCUGUCUCUCCAUUGUCCCUCGCCCCUGCUGUGCCCCCAGGCUGUGUGGGGGCCAUGGGCUCAGCCCAUGCUGGUGGCGGGGCAGGCACAGCAGGCUCCCAUCUGGUAUGGAAGCAAAUGCUGGAGAUGAUCGGCCUGAUGAGACGGGCUUAAUGCUCUGACUGGAAGGGAAUGGGUCUCUGGGUCAGCAGCUGUGUGCAUUCCAGAGAACUGGAAGUGAACUGCAUGGAGUGUCCUAGGGGCUGUUGUGGGUGCAGAGUGGCACCGCUGCAGGGGGAGAAAUGAGCACUGAGGUGCUCAGAGAAAUUAUUCACUGUCAGACAGCACAGAAAGAGUGAAACAUACAGAUAUGGGGCUGGCUGGAAUGGGCAGCUUGUCUCAGACCUAUGUAGCAUCAUCCAGGCUCCAGAGCUCCUGAGUUUGAGUCCGCUGUGGGAAAUGAUGUCAGUGUGCACAGAUUAUCUCUGCUGAUCCUAAGGCGGUUUCAGUGAGGGGCUCCUCUGUGCUUGCAGGGCUCUGUUGUUCCCAAAUUGGGGAGCUUUUGUUUUGCCAGGCGGAUCAUAAGGGCUGUGUGAACAGAGCAUCAUACCCAUGGUGCAGCUGCAGGAGGGUAUUGGUGAGGGUGAGCACAGACCUAUGUGGACCAAAUAAUUUUUUCCCCCUAUACUUUUCCCCUCUAUUUUUCUCCUAUAUGCACCACAAAGAUGCUUUACAGCGCUCCAGUGGACAGUCUGUGGGGUUUUAGUUCCAGCCUGGGAGCCGGUUUGUUCCUUUCUUCUCAAAGCUGUGUGCAGAGGGCAGUGCUGGGCUGCCUGGUGCCGGCAGGCACUGUGGUAGCUGGGACCCCCCCCGGCACCCCCCAAGUGCCCCCAGGCCCAGGAGGGAGCCCCUCCCCCCCCCCCCCUGCCCCACAGCACUGCUGCAUGCGGUGUUCUGAGUCCCUGACGUGUCAGCCCCAUGUGUACCAUGGUACGAACUACUUGUCCAGUCCUAUGGAUAGAUUAUGCCCCCGCGGGGUUUUGUAGAUUAAUAGUAAAAGAACAACGAUGACAACAACAACAACAACAACAAAAAAAAGCACUUUUAAAUUAUUUAUAUUACGAAAAGACAUUCUUUAUUUUUCUUGGCAUCGAUAUCACUUAGCUACAAAUCAGUUUGUAAGGACGCUAUUGCAGAUUUUAAUCUAUAGCAAUGACCAAGCGCGGGAUGCGGCUCUGGGGGCCGUGGUGGGGCGGUGGGGGCUGCGGGCUGUGCCUCCCGGCCCCGCUCCCCUCCCAGCCCAGGCCUCCCAGGGCACGCAGUGACUCCGCUGCGGCGGGGUCCAUCUAUUGCACAUCGACGUAGGUUAAGUGGCACCCACCGAAUUACCUCUUCUACUCUCCGACGUGGUUCACUUGUAUAUAAGUGUAAUGUCAACUUGUUUACAGGUUACUUUGUGCUUAAUUGUGGAAGAAAAAAACUAAAGUUUUAACGACAAAAUGUAAAGGAACCGAUGUGACUGGAAGGUGUUUAACAGUGAAUGUGCUUAACGCAGUAUAGACGUCAUCGGUUGUGGUCUCACACGAAUGCAUGUAUCUCCGUGUCGUCAGUCCCACCAGUGAGGUUAUUGGCAAUAUUCUGCGGUCUGUGAAUAGCAAAUGCGCAUACACUGCUGUGACUCUGACAAAUAUAACUCAGUUACUGUUUCUACUGUGGUAUGUUAAAAAAAAAACAACAGCAACAACAAAGUAGCUUUUAGCCUGCUGUAUUUCCCUGGGACAGAUAGGGAGAGAGCAUGGAACUGGGGGGAAAUAGCAGUGCCUGAGCACAGCCUGGGGGCUGCUGGGGCUGCGUCCCUCUGGGGAGGUGCUGGGGGUCAGGGAGGGGGUGGUGCUGUGGCAGAGAGCUGAGCUCUGCCUUAGGAGCCCGAUAAGCACAGUGUGGUGGUGCAGGAAUGGUCCUGCAUGGGGGGGUGUCAGCUGUGUGCUGGGGGGAGCGCAGCUCUCGGCGUUUUGUGUCAGGGCUGAGACCUGCAGCUGCUCAGCGCCGCUCUGUGCACACGCACUGUGAGUGUGCAGGCAGGGCUAAGUGAGUCGGUGCCCUUCACCCACCACAUACACACACAGAAAUGCACAACGGGUGCCCCCAUGCCUCCUCGCCUGCUGUGAUUCCACAUUGCCCUGUGUGUACCAGGUCUCUGCAGAAUGGGGAUCACUCUCCCCCAACAUUUUUUGUUUUGCCCCAUUUGUACCCACAAGAAACUGAAGGCAGCACAGAGCAACGGUGAGCUGCAGCCCUCCUCCCUCCACCUUAAGAGAUGGGAGCACCGCCACAGCUGCAGCUCAUCUGGAGCAGCUGGUGCUGCAUCGGGUUCACCUGAUGGAGCAUUCCAAAGAGCACCACGACGCAGCUCUCCUGUGUCCUGCGAGGCACCCUGUGAGGGGAAGGCUCUGUCACAUUCAUGGGUCGGGCAGCUGCUGGAGCUGGGAGCAGCCCUCUGCUGUACCCCCCUGCAGGGCCCUCCGGGUGGCAGCCGCUGGACGUGGGUUUCUGUUCAUGCCCUCCCUGCACAGUUUCUCGGAGUCACUGCUCUGCACCAGCAUGACUCCAAUGGGGUUAGCAACGCUGGGACAGAAGAGCUUGAAGAGCAGCAGCUGAGCACCUGUAUGCUGCUUGUUCCAGGAGAAGGGUUUUUAAAUUACUGUUAGUCUUUUGUACUUGCCUGUUCCUCAGCAGAGCCCAGUCUGAUGGCACCUCCUGCACCUGCACCUCCCACACUGCUGCAUUUCCUACAUCCUGCACUGCUGCACUUCCCAUACUCCUGCACUGUUGCACCUCCUGCACCGCUGCACUCCUACACUGCUGCACCUGCACCUCCUGCACUGCUGCACCUCGUGCUACUGCACCUCUUGUAUUGCUGUACUGCUGCACUGCCUGCACUGCUGCCUGGAGCAGCACUGAGGAGCACCGUGGGCUCAUCUUCGGGGAGGUCUGUCCAGAACCUGGUGCUGCUGUGAAGUUCAUUGGCUGUGCCACAGGGUCUGGGGCUGUGGGACUGUGUGCAUGAGGAGCCACUCGGUGCUGCAGAACAAAGCCAAUUAGCAGGGCUCCAGCUCCCUGAUAAUAAUUCUUGGGAGAAGAGGAACUGUUCUGGAAUACAUUAUUGUCUUCAUUUCUUUUCAUGUGCAAAGAAAUAAAAAGCUUGCCCUUCACUGGCAGCUGGGAUGAGGACAAUCCAGUGGUAAUGAGAAGCCCUACUCAGAGGCAGUUCUGCCCUCUGCCUCCCAGCUCACAGAAGGGUUUGGGGCUUCUGAUCGCCUCCCACCUACCCUGAUGCCCACAUGUGCCAAGGGGCAGCAGCACAGAGCCCCACAGUGCUGGGGGCUGCGCUGCCUGGGGUACAGAGCAAGAGCCUCACACGGGAUGGAAGUGAAGGAGCAGAGGCUGUUCAGACUGCAGUACCUGGAUGAUAAUUACUGCAGACUUAAUUACCUCCCAUACACACUGCACAAAGUGCAUGGGAGGUAGGAGUGGAGUCCUUUGAUACCAGCUGGUGUCAGAAAAUAAUUUUAAUCUGCCUUACAACUAUAUAAUUAAAAGCACUUAUAUACAGACGUAUCUGCACACGCACGUGUAUCUCUUUCCUAUGCUGAUGGACCCACGGCCGUUCUGCCUGGUGGUGGCACUGACCCCCAUGGCCGGAGCAGUGGGGCUGAGUUACUGCUGUGCCCCAACACAGAGCAGUGAGCAACAGCAGCGCCCAGAGGAGGAGGAGGAGGAAGAAGAAGAGGCUGAAGCUCCUCUGAGGGGGCGGGGAGAUCUGUAAAUACAGCAGGUUAAAGGCUGGCAGUGUGACUGCAGUCUGUAUUUCAAGGAGAUGUUUCCCAUGUUUUGUAGUAUCGUUUAUUGGUAAAUAAAAACCAACCAAAGACAAAGAGGCGUUGGGUGCUGUGUGUGACCCAGCCCAGGCCUGGACAGAGGGAGAGAAUCCCCAUGGUGUGCAGUGUGUGUCCUCCAAAUGAGGGGAGGGAGAGCCUGGCUGCAAUCCGGAGUCCUCCCCCAGCCCGUAGGGAAAGCUGUGCUGGCAGCAGCCGUGGGGUGGGAGGCAGAGGCAGCUCAGCUGCUGGGUGGUGGGAAGCAGAGGGCAGUGGGUUCGUAGCACACUGAGAAAGCUCCACAAAGCAACACCACUGUGCAUAAAGCAGCCGCGGCCCAAAGAGAAGCUUGGGAGUAAAGGUUCCAUUGGAGACGUGGUGGGAAGGGGCUGGAUGUUGGACUUGAUGAUCUUAGAGGUCUUUUUCAAUUUUAAUGAUUCCAUGACUCUUAAUACUGAAGUCCUUCAAAUGGAAUCCAUGCACAUGAAGCACCCCUUCCAAUGCCAGCAGCUCUAUGAUUCCAUGCAACCCCCUCAGGCCCUGUUUGCAGCUCAGCACCCACCAGUGCAGCUGGGAUGGGCAUCUCCUGGCCCAGCACUCGGGGUCAGGCAGCCCCAGGCACUGCAGGAGCGGGGCAGUCACCGCUACCCAGAGCUCUGCGCAGCACUGAGGCUCACCAGGCCAGAAAGCUUGAAUAUUCAGGAAGGAGCACAGCUCAGUGAGCAAGUGGGGCAUUACUUCUGGUCUCUGUUUCUGCCUCGGGAACUGCCUGUGCAUUUUCUGUUUAUUAAUGAGUGAAUAAACUCAUAAACAGCGUUAUUUCCCCUCCAUCAGCAGCAGGCAAGCUCUCUGCACCCAGCACCAUGUCAGACUGCAGCUCCCAAGCACUACUGUAUGGGCUCUGCCAAUCACAGCCCCAAUGCCCCCACAGUUUGGCAAGGAAGCAGCGCUGCUUCCUCUCACCGCCCCCCCCCCCCAGCAGGUGAGCACAGAGGCCUCGUGCAGGGAGUCCAGCCGGCGCCCU